ACGAAAAAUAUCCUCUUUCAGAUAUCAUUAUUUUAUUUUAAUUUCUCGUUUAUCUUAAACAACUUGGGUUACGUGAUCGAAUAAUUUUCGAACCAUGCUUAGUAUAAUUUUCGCCGGCUGAUAAUGUAAUUAUUUAUUAUUAAUAAAGAAUAUAAAUUAGAACGUUGUUUAAGUUUAUAAGUAACGAUAGAUAUCAAAAGAUCAUUACUAAUAUUUAUUGGAAUUUACAGCAAUCUAAAUAACUAGCUUUCGAUAGGUUAAAAUGUCCGUUUGUGUUAGGAUAUGUUACGAAAAAUGAGACAGUUCGAUGACAAAAUCAUAUACAUGUUAAAUACAACACUUCCUACAGAAUCAUUUAAAGGGGAAGUAAAUCCAACCUCAAAGUGUAAAGAAUUGUACGAAGAAGUUCAGCAUAGUCAUAUUCAAAGAGAAAGUGCCAUCAAUAAAUGUUUAAUCAUUGCUAAAGAAAGAGUGAAAUAUUUAAAAAAUCAAAAGGAAAGUCAAGGGAAUGAUCCAAUAUUUAUAAAAAGUUUACGAAAAGAACAGAAUAAUUUACGCUUAUUGCAAUCAGAACUUGGUGUGGAAGAAGUUUUGAGAAAUCGUACAAUGCAAGCUUAUCAUGAUAGGUGUCGCAGUUAUUAUAAACCACCAACUAGUCCAUAGAAUAUCUUUUACAGAAUUCUUCCACAUGAUGUAUGAUUUUAAAAAAGUAAUGUAUGUAUGUAAUAGUUAUAACAAUAAAAAAGUACGUAAUUUAUG